AUGAGGAUACGAUUCACGGUACGAGGCAUUGCAGUUGGACGACGAAGUUCGUUUGAGGUGACUUUGAAUAACAAAAUCAUCUACUCGAAACUUGACAACGGUCACUUCCCUGCCUUUGACAAGAUCGCAGAGGAAGUUGAUAAUGCUGCUCAAGGUCGUGAUGUCCAAACUGUGACCGAAGUUGACAAGAGUUCAUCUUGCACAAUUCUCUAA